AUGAAGGUAGAAAGUCAUAUCUUUGACAUGCGCCGUCAUGCUGGUGAGGAUCUUGUUCUUUGGAAUCCAUCUACCAAGGAAUCAAAGAAAUUAUCAGAACCGGUGGUAACAGAUAGUUUCUGGCGGUACGGGAAAAGCCAGAAUAACGGGCUUGGACUUGGUUAUAAAAGUAUAAUUGAUGAUUUCAAGAUUAUAAGAAUUGAUGUCUUUUAUGAUUAUCCGAUUUGUCAUGGUUGUAAAGUCAAUGUAUACACGUUGAGAUCAAAUUCAUGGAAAGAAUUACCAAAUAUUAUUCCUUAUGAUGUUUGCCUGCCUCGACCCUAUAGGACUAAGCCUGCGCUUGUUAAUGGAUAUCUUCACUGGGUUGGCACUCCGGUAGAUGGACAGGGAACCAGAACUGACUCCAAGGUUAUACUUUCUUUUAAUUUGGAAAACGAUGUCUGCAGUGAAGUUCCAGUUACCCAACAACUCCGUAAAUCACUUUUUCAAAAUAGGAAGGCAGACUCCACUGCAGGGUCACCUUCCGAUGAAUUUUUGGUGGGUAGUUUGGAUGGUUGUCUUUGUAUACUCAGCGGCUACAAUAUACCUAAUACCUACUUUAGGAGUAUCAAGAAUAUUGAGUUAUGGGUCAUGAAAGAGUAUGGAGUUAUGCAAUCUUGGACUAAGCUUUCUACAUUUACAAGAGAUUCUAUACAGAGGUCUACUAUAAUGCUCUCUCAGAUGGAAUCAAUCGAUUUUGUGGACGAUAAGGUUUUGUUUAUGGGUGGUGCAGGAGAUAGGGUUUAUAUUUCAAUACUUAUAUAUGACCCAAAACAUGGAACAUCUAGGCGUGUUAGAAUUCAAUAUAACUCGCUCCAUUGUCCUAAAAUAGAGACUUACUUUGAGAGCCUAACAUCACUUAAUUAA